CCUCACCCUUGCGCCGGACUGCCUAAGCUUCUGCCCAACAUUGUGCCUAUAGCCGACACCAUGGGCAAACAGACGAAAGCCACGAAAAAGUUCGAGAAGAACCGCCUCAAAGAUACGAUCGAACGGCGGAAAGAGUUUGCCAAGGUCAAGCAGCGACACCAGCUGAAAGCGAAAAAGAAACAAAGAGCGGCACAGAGAUCAAAAGAGGAGGAUGAUGAUGCUCAGUCAGACGAGGAGGCUGAUGACAAUGGAGCCGAAGCUAUGAAUCAGGACGAGUUCUUUCGGGACGCUGUGGAUAUACCAGGGCCUGAGACGAAGACACUGAAGAACAAGAGCGUGAAGCGAAAGAGGGAGGAGAAUGUCGCUGAUCAACCAGAGGAUGCUGAGAGUAAUGGUUCAGAAGAUGAAAUCGAGGGCCACAAGACUCAAUUGGCAGCAUUGGCCGAGAAGGACCCUGAAUUCUACAAGUACCUACAGGAAAACGACGCGGAGCUGCUAGAAUUCGACGAAGACGACGAUCUCGCAGCAGUUGACGACUUGAGUGAGGAGGAACCUCCUCCAAAGAAACAAAAGACAAGGGAUGCGCAAAAGGAUGACCCUGAGACACCCGAUGACGUUACGCUCUCAAUGGUAAAGAAGUGGAAGACCUCCUUGACCGAACAAUUCUCCAUACGAGCUCUUAGACAAGUGGUGCUGGCUUUCCGCGCUGCAGCACAUGCGGAUGACGAAGAGGACAAGGUCUUCAAGUACAACAUUGCAAGUCCAGAGGUCUACCACGAGGUUCUCAUAACAGCACUCAAACAGGUACCUCUGGUGCUGUCGCAUCAUCUUCCAGUCAAGGAGUCGGCCGGCGGCAAACUGCGCAUACCGACAGAUUCACCCAAGUUCAAGACUCUGGCACCGUUGAUCAAAUCGCACGCCUCCUCUUUACAUUACUUGCUCAAGCAUUUGGCCGAUACGAAGACACUGAGGUUGACACUCGAGUCCUUCGAGCCGUUACUUCCGUAUCUGCUUCAGUUUCGCAAGUUUCUGAAAGUCCUGACGAAAGCUGUUGCGUCCGUAUGGUCUGACAAUUCUUCCGACGAAGCAACGAGGAUCACUGCUUUCUUGGUCAUUCGCCGACUAAUGGUUAUUGGUGAUGCUGGAAUCCGCGAAGCUGUCCUGAAGGCGACAUAUGAGGGCGUUGUCAAGGGUAGCCGAAACACGACAGUCCAUACUCUUGCAGGGAUCAACCUAAUGAAAAACUCAGCAGCAGAGAUCUGGGGCAUUGAUCAAAACGUCAGCUACACAGCAGGCUUCACAUUCAUCCGCCAACUUGCCAUUCACCUCCGUGGCAACAUCACCAAACCGACCAAAGAUUCAUACAAGACGGUGUACAAUUGGCAGUUUGUUCACUCCCUUGACUUCUGGUCUCGCGUGUUGUCUAGUCACUGCAACUCGCUCCUGGAAGUACAGAACGGCAAGCCUUCACAGCUACGUCCGCUCAUCUACCCCGUCGUACAAGUCACAAUUGGCGCAAUGAGGCUGAUCCCAACAUCGACAUACUUCCCUCUUCGUUUUCAACUGAUGCGGUCCCUUUUGCGUAUUUCGCAAGCAACUGAGACAUAUAUACCUCUGUCAGCCGCACUGUUGGAGGUGUUGAACUCGGCUGAGAUGAAGAAGCCUGCGAAGGCGUCAACACUGCGGCCUUUGGAUUUCGCUUCGAAUAUCAGAGCCCCUUCAUCAUAUCUGAAAACAAAAGUCUACCAAGAUGGUGUCGGCGAACAGGUAGUAGAAUUAUUUUCUGAGUUCUUUGUGCUGUGGACGAAGAGCAUCGCGUAUCCGGAGCUUCAACUACCGGUUGUCAUCAUGCUGAAGCGGUGGUUGAAGACAGCGUCCAAGACGACCGGAAACAAGAAUGGCAAGCUCAAUCAAGCCCUUCUUGUGCUCGUGCAAAAGUCGGAAGCCAAUGCUAAAUGGAUCGAGGAAAGGAGGAACAGUAUCAACUUUUCACCCAAGGACCGGACCGAGGUCGAAGCAUUCCUCAAAGAUGUGCAGUGGCAAGACACUCCUCUCGGGGCAUUUGUUGUCUCGCAAAGAAGGUUGCGGGAAGAAAGGAGGAAAGUGCUGGAGCAAGGCAGAAAGGAGCAAGAACGACGAAAGGCCGCGGAAGAAGAUGCUGAGAGUGAUAUUGAGAUUGCUUGAUCGGCACAAGGCGAACAGGCUGCAAGAGGGGAUAUAGGUAUGGGGGACACGAGAUUCAUAUCGGCGCUGAUCGCUAGCUAUCAGCAAUGUCACAGAAUGAAAUCCUCGAAGAUGAGCAAGGCUCUCCCUUUGAUACAGGGCUUUGGCGUCGAGAUCGGUGGGUUAUGCUCUUCAACGCAUGAUGAGCUGAAGCUUUCCGAUCGUGCAGCAUGUAGACUGUCAUUCGGAGACUCGAGUGUAUGGCGUAGACAAGGCCCGACGGAUACUUUUGUAUGUUUACGACUGACUCUCAUUUGUUCAAUCACUCUGGCAGUCCUCACUUAUCUGCAGGAUCCAAGGGCUUCUGUUCUUGCUUGUCAAC